CUCAAGAGUUGAAAAGCCAGUCGGCAACGAAAUGCACAGCAACUCACGGAAAGUCAACUGAAUUUAUUCCAGGAUCCAGAUCUAAACCUACAGGAAGAUGACUGAUGUCGAAAUCGUACCUAACACCAACAUAAAUGACGCAGAUCCGUUCAAUGAAGACGAGGCCGAGAGACGGUUUCUGAACUCCAAACCAACAUGUUUUAUUAUAGUUGGAAAGCCGGGUUCAGGUAAAACCUCCCUUGCAAGGAAGCUUGCCAGAGCAUGGAAAUGUGAGCUUAUUAAUGGCUCAGAAAUAAUCAAUCAAGGAAUUGAACUGCAAACAGAACUAGGUGCCAAUGCACAAGAUAUUUUGCUGAGAGGUGAAGCAAUUCCUGAAGAAGUUUGUGCCAAGGUUUUAUUGGACAAGAUCAGUUCCCCAGAAGUUGCCCAUCAUGGGUAUGUACUGGAUGGAUUUCCUUCAUUGUGUGAGGACUGGUUAUCAAUGGCUGAUCAGCUUGACCUUGUAAAAAAUCUACCACUAACACCAGACUUUAUCAUUAAUAUGAAGAUUCCAGAUAAAGAUUUAGAAAAGCGACGUUGUGAGCAGCGUGUGGAUCCUUUGACUGAUAUACUUUACACAAAGAGUGAAUACGCCCCUGAGCUUCAAGCUAAAGAUGAUAAAGAAAAAGAUGAAGAAGAAGAAGAAGAUGAGGAGGAAGAAGAAGCAGAAGAAGAAAUGACUGAAGAAGAGGAAGAGGAGGAAGAAGAAAGAGAAGAGAUCACACCAGAACUUGUUGCAAGACUUGUCACAAGGCCAGAGGACUUACCUCAGAAUGUUGCUACCAGUAUCAAAAAGUAUCGUGACAUGAUGCUGAGAACACUUGAGGAUUACAUGGCUGAUCAUGAUCAACAGAAGCUUAUUGAGUUGGAUGGUAAUGAGAGUCCAAAGGUUGUCUUCAAAUCUCUUAUGAUGAAACUGAACACCUUCAAAUUAAACCAUGCACUGGUGCCCCUACGACUUCAAGGAGCAGAAGAAGGAGAGGAAAUAUCAGAUGAUACAGAGACUGAUGACCUUCUGCGCACAUUGGCAGCAACUGAGAUGGUAGCACCCAAGUUCCGUUGGCGACGCAGCAAGUGGGGACGUGCUUGCCCUGUGGCAUUGAAGGAGGGUAACAUUGCUCAAGGCGUGGCACAGUUUUCAGUCAGUUUCUUGGACAAGCUAUAUGUGAUGGCAUCAAAUGAAUCACUGGCCCACUUCAUGAGGAAUCCACGUCCCUUCCUUGCCCCCCACUUGCCUUGUCCUCCCUGUAAAGUGUGUGUCCUGGGUCCACCCCACUCAGGAAAAACUGUACUGGCUCAAUCAUUGGCUCAGAGAUACAAUGCCAAGGUUUUUGACAUUGAUGAAUUAAUCAAGCCACGGAAAGAGGCUGCUAGGAAGAAAAUGUUGGAUGAACUAAGGGAGGAAACUAUCGAAUCUGCAAAAUCCAAAAUAACUGCAGCAAAACAAUCACAACAACUUGAAGCUGCUGAGGAGGGAGAUGAAUCUGAUCCAGCUGAAGAUGCUGGAGAAGCAGCAGUAGAAGGGAAAGAGGGGGAUGAAGAUGGAACCAGUGGAGGAGAGAAAACACAGGAAGGAGAUGAAGCAGGUGAUGAUGGUAAACCAAGGGUGGCUAUUAAGGUAGAGGUACCUAUUGAUGCUAAUCAUCCUGAAGUUGUGAAGAUUGUCAAUGAGGUCAUGGCCGAGGCUGAGAAAAGAGAACCUGAACUACCACCAGAUGAGUAUACUGAUGUGAUUGAAGAGGCUAUUCAAAAGAGAUAUGCUGAGCUUCAGGAACUGAAUCCUGAUGGACCUCAUGCUGGUGGUUACAUUUUGGACAACUUUCCAAGAACACGAGAACAGUUCACUUCAAUGAUUGAAAGGAACAUUGUUCCUGAUGAGGUGAUAUGCCUAAGAGAUGAUAGUGAAAAUGGAGAAUACUUGCUGAAAAGAUGGUAUUACACCAACAAAGAAGAACUUCACGAGAAAUGGGAGGCCAGACGCGCCGAGGAACGAGCUAGACAGGAAGCCGAGCGAGCUGAAAGGGAGAGGAAAGAAAAAGAAGAAGCUGAAAGAAAGGCUGCGGAGGAAGCCAAGAGGAAGGAAGAGGAAGAAAGGCUCCGGCAGGAGCAAGCUGAGGAAACCGGCGAGGGAGAGGAAGAAACACAGAAGGUCGAUGGAGAGGAUUCUAAGGAAGAGAAGGCAGGAGAAGAGGAAGGAAAAGAAGAGGAAGGAAAAGAAGAGGAGGAGGAAGACGAUGGUGCUACUACUGAAGCUGAACCGAAGGCUACUGAGACACCUGAGGUGCAGCCUUCAAUAGAAGACCUGUCAUUAGGUCCGGGACCCGAAGAAGAGGAGUUAAUCCUGGAUUCAGACAUGCCACCCAAUACUCCCGAGACAGAGGAGUUCAAGAAUCUUAGAACGAACUAUGAUCGAGACUUUACUCAGCUGUUGUCUGUAUUGAAAGGCACGAAUAAUAUAGAACCUAUAAUGGUAGCUGUUGACAAAGAACUGGACAAACUAAGCAAGGAGGUCGUCAAAAGAGUUGAAGCCCCGUUCAAUUACCGCGGCUGGGAGUACACAGGAAUGGAUCAAGACGAAGAAGAAGAAGACUUCGCGGAGGAAGAAGAAGAGGAGGAAGAGGAAGAAGAGGACAUUUAUAACAAGGACAAGAAAAAGAUCUUUGGGGACACAAACCAUUACUGUCCUGUAAUGUUGAAGGAAAAGUUCGUUUUGUGGCCGGGUAUCGCUGAAUGUGCUGCCAAAUACCGCGAGAGAACAUACUUUUUCUCCUCUCCUGAAUCUAGGGGUGUCUUCUUGGAUGAUCCAGAGAGUUUUUUGCCGAGCAAUAGACCUCUUGAGCCUCCCCCGAUUCGUCUUUUGAUCGUUGGUCCCAAAGGAGCAGGUAAAACCCUUCAUGGCCGUCAACUUGCCAAACAAAUGGGCGUAUUCCACAUCUCAUUCAAGGAUCGUCUCCAGGAACUUAUUAUCGCAAAGACGAAAAAGAAGAUUGGGCCUGAGUAUGAUGAUGACGAAGAAGGAACCGGUGAACAAGCCAUCACAGCACCUGAAGGACUGGAGGGGACUGAUACAGAAAAUGCUAUUAAGGCUGGAGAGGGAGAAGCUGAUGGCGAGGAAGGGAUUGGGGGCGAAGGAGAACAAGAACUGGAACUAACAGACGAAGAGGAAAGCAUCCGCGCCAAUUUAGCUGAUGGUGAAGCCUUACCAAACGAAACUCUGGACAAGAUUCUCCCAGCAUGGUGGAACGAGGAGCCCUUCAGAUCUACUGGGUUUAUCUUGGAGGGUUUCCCCCGUACUGAAGCUGAGGCUCGUUACCUUUCCUCCGUGGGCCUGUUUCCAGACAUUGCAGUGAUCCUUGUGGUGGAAGACACAGAAAUUGUUGACCGCCUCCUGCCACCACUUCUUGACAAAUGGCGCCUGAAACGAGACAAGCGAGAGGCGGAGAAGGAGCGACAGCGAGCAUUGGCUAAGAAACAGAAGGACGAAGAUAGAGCGCGGCGACGGGAAGAAAAGAUAGCGGAAAUAGAGGCCAAAAAAGCCGAGAAAAUGGCCCGCAGGGCGCAGAGGGACAGCGAUGACAGCGAGGAUGAUGGAGACGAAGAUGAAGAGGACGAAGAUAUUGAGGCGCUAUUGGAUGCUGAGGAGGAAGAUGAAGAAGAAAUGGAGGAAGAAGAAGAGGAGAGUGAAGAGGAUGCUAUCGAACGACUGAAAACUGAGAUUGGAGAUCGGUAUGACGAGGAGACGGGACGAGUUGCUACUGUGCAGGAAACACUAGAAGAGAUUUCAAUUCCUCGGGUUGAAAUUAAUGGCGGACGGAAGCCGCGCAUUGUAGAGUAUUGUAUCAAGAAAGUUCUGAAGCCUGUGGUUGAUUUCCGGGAGAGUCUAUUUGAUCGGUGCUUCGCUAUUGAUGGUUACUUGGCCAACAGAAUGCUUGCUAUGGGUUACAAGUUUCCGAGUCGCUUUGGAAGGUGGUGUCCUGUGAAGUUGCUGGAAGGUGAAGUUCUUCCCCCUCAACACGGCUUUGGUGUUAAUUCCUUCCCUGUUGUCUACCGACAACAUAUUUACUUUUGCUCGGGACGAGACGAGCGGGAGACGUUCAUGCAGUGUCCAUCACGUUUCUUGAAACAACCUUCUCCUAAACCUGUCGUUCCUAUUAAGAUGGCGAUCAUUGGACCUCCAAAGUCUGGCAAGACUGGAUUGGCAAAGCGUUUUGUGGCGGAGUAUGGCGUAGUGAGACUAUCUAUAGGAGAAGCAAUCAGAAAAGUUCUGAAUUUCCAAUCAUACACGGAACUGGCUCGACAAAUCAACCUUCACCUAAAGGCUGGGAACCCCGUGCCAGAUGAAUUGGCGGUACAAGCUUUGGAGGUCGCCCUGUUGGACAUGCAGUGUCAGACGCGAGGGUUUAUACUUGACGGAUAUCCUGUCACCAAGAAACAAGUGGAGCUAUUGACCGAGCGGAAGAUUAUUCCUGUUAGAGUUCUGGAACUACAAGUAGAUGAUGACGAAGUGUUGAGACGAGGAACCGCUGACCGUCAUGCUCCAACAAGGGUCCUUCCUUUGCACGAUAGUCAACAGAUACUCGGCAUCAGGCUCAACGCCUGGCAGCGAGAGGUUGUGGAGGUCAGAGACUGGUACCAAAAAGAGCACAGAAAUUGGGUGCCUAUGGACGGUCAGCGGUCGAAGUGGUGGAUUUGGAACCAGGCUCUUGAUGAAGCCAGAAAAAGCGUCCGUCAGAUUCAAACUUACCUACAGAGAUUAUCUGAAGGCAAAGCGGCGUCAAUAGCGGAUAUGUGUAUCACACCGAGUGAGUGUCUUGUCCGCUUGGGCGACUUUGGCCAGUACUGCCCAGUCAGCUUAGCUGACCGUGGAGAGUUGGUCGACUGUUCUGUAAACUCUUCGCUUGAAUUUGCCGCCGAGUUUCGAGGACGUUAUUACAAAAUGGCGUCCAGAGUGGAACUAGAACUAUUUCUCGCGGAUCCAGCUCGUUACGUUCCUCCUCAGGCCCCUAGAAAACUCCCUGCUCCCGACCUCCUUCCGAAAAGAAGGACGGAAGCGGAAGUUAAAGCUAUGUUCCCUAAACAGAUUGAACUAAAAGGUUACUGUCCUGUGACGUAUCUGGAUGGCAAACUGAGAUAUGAACACAUUGUUCCUGGAGAGACAAACUUAGUGGUUGAAUAUAGAGAAAAACUAUUUUGCUUUGAAUCGGAAGAAAAACUUCAAAAAUUUAUGAGGCUACCAGAAAAGUACCACGGAUUGACACUACCACACAAGUUACCGCCGCCAAAAGAACCUUUACUUGUCAGUGGACUCCCUAUGUUAGGUUACAUGGAGCAGAGUGUAGCCACUGCUUUAACCAAAGCGCUAACUGCCGUGGGUUGUUUCAAACCGAAGUAUCCAUUCAUUGAUGCUAAGAAAUCUGCCUUACUUUAUAUUGGCUACCACCUUAAAGCCUACAACCCUAAGAGCAGUGAGUAUGUGCGCAAAAAAUACAAACAGAAAUUGAUGAGGUUCGAGGAAGAGUGUGAACUGAUUGGGUACCUCGGCAAAGAGAUGACCGCUCGUUACCGAGAACCAGAUGAACUACCCAUCGACUUUGAUCACAAACUGUCAGUUUUUCUGGCGCUUAAAGACAUAGAACCCACACCGACCUGGUGUGCGUGAUACUUCAGUCACGGUGAAAUCGUUCGUACGUGAAGUUUCCUACAAAGUUGUGAUGAAAGACAAAGUUAUUUAUUUUGAAAGAAAUCAUGGUUUACUUCUAACUCUUGACUAGCAUUUGGAUCUAAAUUGAACCGGUAUUGUGCAAUGUAAAUAUAAUGUCCGCAACAAGGUGGCAAUUGUAAAUAAAAUUCGUUUUGACUCCU